GAGAGAGAAGAAGAAGGAGAAGAAGAAGAAUAUAUAUAUAUAUUCAUUUAUAUAUACAUACAGAGGAUAUACUAUUGAAUUAAAGGGAUACUUUGCAUUAUCAUAAAACUUCGUCAGACUCAUAUUAUUUGCAUUCAGAUCAGAUGGACGUGAUUUCAAUUACCAAACCAUCGCUUUUGUACAACGAUGUUGAUAUCGACUCGGAUGUGGACAUGUCCGAUGCCGAAGAAACUAAUAAGGAAUCCAUUGUCACACCAGGGGAGCUUGUAACGGAUGAUCCUGUGUGGAUGAAAGGUCAUGGGACCUACUUUUUGCACGACCAAACCUAUUCCUCUGUCGCUGGGAAUGUAUCUAGAGUCAACCGAUUAUUAAGUGUGAUACCGUUAAGAGGAAGAUACCAGGCCGAGACUGGUGACCAUGUAGUUGGUAGAAUUACCGAGGUUGGUCCUAAACGGUGGAAGGUGGACAUCGGAUGUAAACAGGAUGCUGUAUUGAUGCUUGGGUCUGUGAACUUGCCUGGUGGGGUGCUUCGUAGAAAGUCUGAAAGUGAUGAGUUACAAAUGCGUAAUUUCUUGAAAGAGGGGGAUUUAUUGAAUGCUGAAGUACAGAGUAUUUUCACCAAUGGGUCUGCGUCAUUGCAUACACGUUCUCUCAAGUAUGGGAAGUUACGUAAUGGGAUUUUCCUCAAGGUUCCAUCAUCAUUAGUCGUCAAGUCUAAAAAUCAUUCCUACCAACUUCCGGGAAACAUAAACGUCAUUGUAGGGGUUAACGGAUACAUAUGGUUGAGUAAGAUCAAGGCUGGUUCUAGUAGCAGUGCUAAUGCAUCUACAAACAAGGCCCAAGCAUCAUUAGACGUGGCGCUGGGCCUGGGUUCAUAUGCACCAGGCCAAGGAUCUGUAUCGAUCACCCGUUUGGAAGAAGAAAGUUCAUGGGAAAUCUAUUCUGAUAAGAACGAGGCCAUUUCAAACUCUGUUCGUCAAACGAUAGCACGUUAUUACAAUGUGAUUAAGGCUUUAAGUUACGGAGAAUUGGGGAUCACAGAACAACGUAUUGUAAUGGGGUAUGAGGCCAGUUUGGCAUAUGAAGAUGUUGGCAGUUUGAUAGACAAGGAAGCCAUGGAGGGUAUCUGUCAAGACGUGACCAAUAACGAAAAGAUGAGAGGUUAGAUCUAGAGAAGUACCAUAGUAUUAAUAUAAAAAUAAAAUAAAAUAAAAUAAAAUACAUUCCUAUCUUUCUUCUUUAUAUAUAUACUACUACUACUAUGCUAUUCACCCGGGAAAUCCACCUGUUAUGGUAUUAUAGGUGGGGUAAUUCUUGCCAUGCCAAAAUAUUUUUAAUGCUUUUGUUUUCUUUGU